AUGAACACCGAAGAAUCGUCGUCCUCACAAGAAUUGGAGGAGAAAAAACCGUCUCUCCGCGCUGAAAGAUGCGGGAUAGCGUCGCUUUUGUCUUCGCUCCGCAGUGACCAUCUUGCGUCGAAAAUCGAUGAGCUAUCGACCACAGAGGCUGCUGCUUCAGAAGAAAUUCCCGAAGAAAUCCCAGAAAACCGCCCAUUAAAUCGAAAAGAGAAGCGAAAACUCCAGAGAAUGCAGGAAAUUGACCAAGAAGUCAAGAAAAAAGCUCAAGAACCUGUAGAAAUCGCCGAAAUCCCCACAAAUCUUAAAAAUACAUUUUGCGAUAAAGCCACUUUCAACUCGUACAACGCUCAAUUCGGCUAUAAAUCAACGGAAAAUAAUAAUUUUGUGCACUUUUCCAUUCAAAAUGAACAGGGAAACCGGGCUCUUGUGGCUUCACAGGAUAGAUUUAUAAGAAUGUAUAAAAUAGAUGAAACUCCAGAAGUGAUAUGGAAGCAUAAUACGGGAAAUUUGGUGCUGGAUUCUUGUUGGGAAAACUCUGGAAAAGGGGUGUUCUCGUCGUCAAAACUGCGUCCAAUUCAGCUAUUUGAUACGGAAAAUGGAAGUAUUCUCGGUGCUUAUAAUGGAAAAGAUGCUGGGGACAAUAUCACUGCGGCGAUGAGCAUCGGACAAAGUGGAAGCUCAUUGAUAGGCGGAUUCAAGAACAAAUUUCAAAUCUGGGAUAUCGAAUAUACAGGCGACGCUAUUCAACAUAUCAAGUCAUUUGAUAAUGAUUACAACACAGGAACAACGGGACUUCCAAUGUCGAUAACUCCACAUCCAACAAUGCCUGACCUAUUUGCAGCUGGUGGAAGUUCAUCUCUAGUUGCAAUUUAUUCAUUAAAAUGGAGAAAUGCUGUAUCGACGAUUGAAGGAUCACUGAAAGGAUACACGAAUCUACAUUUCUCUCCUGAUGGAUUAAAGCUUUAUGCUUCGGAGAGAAAAGGCGAUAUUCAUUGCUUCGAUACCCGAAUGAACAUGCUAACACAAAUCCUAAAACGUGACAUGACCGCCACACACCGUACACGAUUCUCCAUCGACAAAUCCGGACGUCUCCUAUUCUCGGGAACCUCUGGAGGUGACGUCAUCGUCUAUGAUCUUCACGAGUAUAGUGAGGAGCUUCAGCCGGCUCACGUGCAAAACGUGGCAUCCCGAUGUGUUCCCUGUGUGGAUUUGAAGGGGAAGAAGCUGGUGUUGUGCUCCGGGGAACGAGUGUAUCCGGAUGAUAAGCUUCUUGGAGAUCAGGAUCAGGAAAUUUGUAUGGAUCAUGAAAGAAGCGAGAAUUCAUUUCAAAUCUUCGAAAUUCAGAAUUAAUAAUAUUCAUGUACUUGACUUUCAUCCACUUUUACUAUUGCAUCUUCGGUCCCAUCCCGGUACGGCUUAAAUUCAGCCUAUUUUUAGCUACGGACCAAAUUAGUAUUACAUGUGUGUGUGUGUAAUAUUUUGUUAUUAUUCACUUUGUUCAUUGUUGUUCUCAUUUAUCAUUAUUACAAUAGUUAUUUUCAUUAAUACACCAUUCCAAUA